GGCCGCCGCUAGCCAGGGCAGUGCGGGCUCCGUCGGUCAGUCGCUCCACCCCGGUUAGCCGGGGACAUGUCGAGGCGGGCGGAGGCCUGGCGGGCCGCGACGAGGAGUCGGACGGCGGCCGAGGCGGAGGCGCCCUGCUCGAGCUUUCCCCGCCCGCUGUGUCGCCUACAGGCGCCCAGGGAGUGAGGGAGCCGCCGCCGCGGGGAGCCCGGCUGGGACUGAGCCGGGGAGACGCUAGCAAUACCAGCUUUGCAGCAGCCGUGGCACUGGGAGUCGCUCUGGAGCCGAAGGUGGGACAAUGAAGCUGUUAGAGAACUCGAGUUUUGAAGCAAUAAACUCUCAGCUGACAGUGGAGACGGGAGAUGCUCACAUCAUUGGCAGGAUCGAGAGUUACUCAUGUAAGAUGGCAGGCGAUGACAAGCACAUGUUUAAGCAGUUCUGCCAGGAGGGCCAGCCACACGUUCUUGAAGCCCUGUCACCCCCUCAGACCACGGGGAUCAGCCCCAGCAGGCUCAGUAAAAGUCAGAGUGGAGACGAGGAGGGGCCCCUGAGUGACAAGUGCAGCCGCAAGACCCUCUUCUACCUGAUCGCUACCCUCAACGAGUCCUUCCGGCCUGACUACGACUUCAGUGCUGCCAAGAGCCACGAGUUCAGCAGGGAGCCGAGCCUCAACUGGGUGGUGAAUGCUGUGAAUUGUAGCUUGUUCUCAGCAGUCCGGGAGGACUUCAAAGCCCUGAAGCCUCACUUGUGGGAUGCUGUGGAUGAAGAGAUCUGUCUCUCGGAGUGUGAUAUCUACAGCUACAACCCAGACCUGGACUCAGACCCCUUUGGCGAGGAGGGCAGCCUCUGGUCCUUCAACUACUUCUUCUACAAUAAGAGGCUGAAGAGGAUUGUCUUCUUCACCUGCCGCUCCAUCAGUGGGUCCACGUACCCUCGCUCGGAGUCAGGAAACGAGCUGGACAUGGAUCUCGGUGAAGAAGACCAGGAGGGGAGCAUGGAUGCCUAUGACAAGGAAAGCAGCAAUAUCGAGGACAGGGUGCAGGUUAUCUGCAUGUGAGUGUCCAGAUGAGCUCCAAGAAGUACUCAGCCCAGCUGAGCCAGCCUUCCAGUCUCCAGUCCAUCAGCACUGAGGAUGGGCCAGCCC